UCCCAUGAUGCAUCGCCUUAUUUUGUUGUAGCUGAGGGUGAUAAGAAGACUGACACAGCCCAUCCAUCCUGUUUCUGCCGACAGAAGAGGAGCGUUUGGCGUCAUCAACGAUAACAAUGCCUAACAUGGCAGAACGGAUUUAGCCACUGUAGCAAUUACGACAAGAAUUUAUAUAUUAGAGAAUAUUCGACGAUAUUAUCAUAUUUCUUUAGAGUCUCUAGGACUGGUGUGUGUCUGCUGCAUUGUCUGCCAUGGCAUCCCACAAUGGUACCCUGGAGAAUCAGCUGCACAGCGCCCAGAAGAACCUGCUCUUCCUCCAGCAGGACCAUGCCAAAACACUGAAAGGUCUACAUGCAGAGAUCCGCAGACUACAACAGCACUGCACAGACUUGACCUAUGAGCUGACAGUGAGAAGUUCAGAUCCAACAGACAGCAGUGAGGCACGCUGCAGGGAACUGCACAGUAAGUGCGAGGAGCUGGAGGCUCAGCUAAAGGUGAAGGAGGAGGAGAACACGGAGCUGCUGAGAGACCUGGAGCAGAAGAACGCCAUGAUCUCUGUCCUGGAGAACACCAUCAAGGAGAGGGAGAAGAAGUACCUGGAGGAGCUGAAGAUGAAGAGCCACAAGCUGGCUGUCCUGUCUGGGGAGCUAGAGCAGAGAGCCAGCACCAUCGCCUACCUCACCUCUCAGCUCCACACCACCAAGAAAAAGCUCCUGGCAGGUAGUUCCUCCGAGGCCAGUCCUAACGUCAGCCCUGUGAGCUCCUACAAGCCCACCCCUCCCCCAGCUAAAGACCGGCAGCCUGGCCCUGAGACCCCUCGCCGCCGCAUGAAGAAGAGCCUGUCUCAGCCGCUGCACUCUGAGUUAACCGAGGUAUACCGGCUGGGUUCUGAUGGGAGGAGGAUGGUCCUACGGGAGGCGGUGGAUGCCAUGCCUGACCCCACCCCCUUCCUGCAGGCAUCUCGAGACACCCCUGAUCUGCAGAUGGUACGAGACCGGCCUGCCGUCAUCCCCCCCAUCGCCUGUGAUCGCUCGUCCAGCCCCCGCCACAGCCCGGCACGGGACCGCCAGCAUCAUGCACACGUGGGCGUUGCACACCGCACCCACCAUUGCACCCCUCCCGUGGUGUCUCCUCAGCCAGAGCUGGAGAUCCUGGCUGUGGACCAGGUCAAUGGGGGCAAGGUGGUGAGGAAGCGCUCUGGGGCAGACAGAACAGUUUAACACAUUCUCACACAAGCAAGAAGGAGCAUCACCUACUGUAUAAAUCACCUGCUUUUUAUGCAACACUGCAAUGAGCAAAGAAAGUAAAAUGGAAAACAGACAAAAAUACCACCAUGCCAAAUGUUUUGAAACACAUGUGACUUACACAUCCUGUCCUUUUUUUGCUUUGUCUCAUCUCACUCUGUCAUACAUUGUGCACAUAAACUUAUCCGCCAAACAUCUGCAUUAUUGCCUGCUUACCUGGUGAAUCCAUACACAUAUUAUCAUCGUUAACUACCAGGGGUGAAAGUAUAGUUUAUUUCUUACCAGUGCGGGACUACAGAAAUUACAGUCUACUUUGCUGACACGGACAAACGGAUCAAUAAAAACAAUGUUGUCUGAUCCAUAUAAUUGGUCUACGAAAAGGGGAGACACAAAUACAAUAUGACGACCAUCUAACCUAGAGGAGGAAGUUAUUGUCCAAAAAACAAACAAAAGUGGCACUGACCCAAUGACA